UGUAGUCCAGGUGCCUUAGCAAUGGAGUCGUGGUGGGAGUCGAGGUUCCUGGAAGGGGUUGACGCUUGAAAACAGAUUGUGACGGUGACAUUUAACUGUAGCUGAGCACAGGAAGCGUUUGUUUAAUGAAUGACUUAUCCAUUUAGGACCUAGUUAGAUCCUGCAGAUAAUCCUGUGAAUUGCUAAGAGUUCACUGGGUCUGGCUCUUCGUGCUAACUUCAGCAUGCUGCGACGAAAACCAACACGCCUGGAGCUAAAGCUGGAUGACAUUGAAGAGUUUGAGAGCAUCCGGAAGGACCUGGAGACUCGUAAGAAACAGAAGGAAGAGGUGGAUGUUGUAGGAAGCAGUGAUGGAGAAGGAGCUAUUGGGCUCAGCAGUGACCCCAAGAGCCGGGAACAAAUGAUUAAUGAUCGAAUUGGUUAUAAACCCCAACCUAAGCCCAACAACCGCUCAUCUCAAUUUGGAAGCUUUGAGUUUUAGAGAUGGAUUCUCUUGUGCGACGGAGCCCUGGAAUGGAAUAAAAUGAUGGCAGCAGUACCACCCAAAUUUAGAAAAUUGAGUGCUUGGAGCCAAGCAGAAUAUUUUCCUUACUGCAAGGAGAAAUAACUUCUGCAUGAAAUUACUGAAGAUUUUUCAACUUUCAUGCAAAGCUGGGAUCCAAAUUCUGAUUUGUCUCUCAAAAAUUUGACUGUGGAAAGCUUACCUGAUUUCUGUUUUUAAAAAUAAAUAUAUUUUUGGAAAAAUGUGAGACAUUCAUAACAUGAUAGCACUGGCUGACCCCCAGGUUUUGAUAGGUCGUUGUUACAAAAGGUGACAUAAUUCUUUACUAAUGACUGAACAUUGAGCACCUCCCAUUAAGCCCUGUGCCUCACUUAACUCAUUUAUUCAGUGUGUAUUUGUUGAGAGCUGACCAUGUGCAGUAAACAAAGAUGCCUGCCUGAA